AUGACAACGAUGUUCAUCCAAUUGCGCCGUGUGGUGUACCUGUUGAUACUUCUGCAGUGCUGCGUGUGUGUGGCAAAUGGGGAUAAUGCCAGUCUUUCUGGUGAGAGUUCAACACUACAAGCUAACAACACUACUAUGGAGAACUCUGCAGCAAAUACAUCUGGUUCUGCAGCAAAAGGGGUAGCGUCAUUGGCAUCAGCAUUAUAUAAUUUUUCGAAAAGUUUGUUUGGUUCCCUCACUUCUGCUAUAGUUCCUUCAGUCGCGUCAAAAGAAAAGAACUGUACGUCCAAUGACAGUUCCACUCAAUGCAGAAACGCACAGGGAGUGACAUCAGUGAGAGAACAAACACAAGGGAAUAAUGCAGGAGUAGGCAAUGGAGUGUCAGAGCAGGAAACAACAGAUAAAGGUAAUGCCAACCAGAACAACCAAAACAGCAACAACGAUCGGACGUUGCCCGAAAAGGUUGAAAGUCUUAAUCCACCAAACGUCAAUCAAAGAGGGACGGAAACGGAUGAUGAGAAAAACCAACAAGGAGUGAAGAACGAGAACACAAACGAGAAUUCCGAUAUAAUCAAUGAAUCACUAAAUCCCCCAACUGAUAGUGCCGUUUUGCCAUCUGGCUCUGUUUCUUCAGUUUCUGAUGUAAACGACAGCAGCAGCAGUCCUGCAUUGGUGCACGGUCCCUUACUGCUGCUUCUGCUGUGGGUG